AUGGCCCUAAUAGACAAGGUCCCGGGGGAGUUGAAACUCCACAUCGGUGGGCUCUUCACUCUGCGCCGUAAAGAGGCACUCAAAGAGGCCGAUGUAACACAUGUUCUCUCGGUACUACGGUUCACACCAGAUGAAAAGCUCUUCAACUCGUUUAGGCACAUGGUUGUCGAAGUCGAUGAUGUCGAGGACGAGAAUCUAUUGCAGCAUUUCCCUUCCACGAACAAGUUCAUACAAGAUGGUCUCGACGGCGGUGGCGGCGUCCUCGUGCACUGGUAA